AUGACCUUCUGGGCCCUCCUGCUCCUCGCAUCAGUGCUCCUGGCCACCCCAGGUCUGACAUUUUCUGGUCUGACCCAUGAGGACAAUGACCUGUCCGUGGCUGACAUGUAUGAGGAGGAGCAGUUCUUCAAGAUCCUGGCCGAGGAGGACCCCAAGGGUGACCAGAUAAUCACCCCCUGUAAGACGUGUAUGGCUAUAAUCAAGCAGCUGGGAAGAAUCCUGAGACACAAUCACACGCAGGAAGCCAUCAAGUGGGCUGUGUCCGUGGUAUGCCGGAAGAUACACAUACCCAAGUGUCUAUGUGACAAAACAGUUAAAACAGUUACUAAAUACCUUAGUGCCGUCACCAAGGCUCUCGAGAAUGACAACUCCCCCCAGAAAAUCUGUGUGAAAAUCAGGAUGUGCAGACCAGAAAUAGGUCUUGGAGCCUCUGGGGCCUUACCGGACCCUCAGGAGAAGCACGGAAUCUUCAACAACUGUCGCCAGCUCCUGCCUUCCUAA